AUGUCUGCAGUUACAGCCGGCGAGCAAUUUCCUGGAGGCGUCAAGUUCGAGUGGGCUCCUAUCACCAGCCCCGACCCGUCAGUCUGCGGCAUUCCUCAAACGUAUGAUGCCAGCGAAGAGUUCAAGAACAAGAAGGUCGUCCUCGUCUCUGUCCCUGGUGCAUUCACUCCAGGCUGCCACGCCAACCAUGUCCCGCCAUACAUGAAAGACUUUAGCAAGCUUCAAGAGAAGGGUGUAGAUCUCGUGGUCGUGAUUGGCUUCAACGAUGCCUUUGUCAUGAACGGCUGGGGCAAGGUCAACGGCGCCGGUCCUGACAGCAAGAUCCUCUUCAUGAGCGACACCAAGAGCCAUUUCGCCAAGUCCAUGGGCUGGAUGGCUGGUGUUGGUGAGCGCAAUGCACGAUUCGCCAUGAUCAUCGAGAAGAGCGGGAUCGUCACCUACGCUGAGAAGGAGGACAGCAUUGGUGGUGUAUCGGUCUCUGGUGCCGAUGUCGUCCUUUCCAAGCUUUAG